UAAAAUAACAAAACACGACGACUCCUAAUAGCGUUGGAAAAGGGGUCGUAAAAAUAAAUAAACCACACGGUGCGCGAUCUGUGUGACACGCUAACGAUCGUACAUGCGAUCGCGGUGCCAAUGCUAAUGGGUGCCUAAAAAACCAACAGUCGGUGGAGAGUGGUCGGUGGAUAAUCAUUUGCAUGCGACAAUCUUCUGCUGGGCGAGGGAUCCAUAAAUGUUGACGAUAAGGCGCUGGCCGUUUUUCCUGAGGCUCCAGAAAGCUCCAGCAGAUGCUUUCAUCCCCAUCUGGAGAUUGUGUUUUAUCUGCACAUCGUGUUAGAGAUUCUGUGAACACUGUGCACCUAAUGAUCUUUUUUUGUGACAAAGGUUAAAGAUUAAUUGAAGUAAGAGGCAUGUAAUUUAAUGAUUGAGAAACUAUUUUGAGCGUGCGUUUCUUUUUUUUAGAUUUUGGUGGCGCCUCUUGAGGUGCAAAUUGAUUGUGGGGAAAACCUUCAGAAACUAUUCAGCAACCUGUCUGGGACUACUCUCUAAGCCUUUGAUGUGUGUGCUGCUGUGGAGGUUUGGAAAGGUGCUGCAAUAACAAACGGCAUUCAGCUAGCGCCAGCGGAACAUAUGCAAAUUUGCUCGUAAAUCAAGUAGCAGCAGCAGAAAAAAUACACAACGUUGAGGCAAAGUCGUAGCACGACAGAGAGGGACAGCAAGAGAGAUCAGGUGGGAAUUAACUGCAUGUUUGGACAACGGCUCCAUUAGGAAGAAGUCGGGUAUCGGUCGUUCGGGGAGUCUCAUGGCGACAUGGCGAAAGAAAGGCAUUGGAAUGUCCGGUAGAGUAGCUUGAGCUUCGGCCCCAAGAUUACCCCAGAGGCCACUGGCAGAGCUGGCGCCUUCGCGCUGUGUGCAGAGGAAGUAUGAAAAAAGCACAAAAAAAAACAGAACAGAUUGGGAGUGUAACCAUGCAUCCAUGCCUUGUGAGUGGCAAGAAAUUGGCCACAAACACACAUAAGCGUAAACAAUCGAUGUGACUGUUUGCGUUACGAUUUUUGCGAAAAUGUAGCAGCAGGGGGAAAGGAAACAAACACCCCACCGCCCCGACGCUCCGACGGUGUCUCGAGUGCGAAAUGUUCCGGGAUUACCGAACGGCGUGUGCACAAAUCAUCUUGCGCGCCGUGAUCGUGAACAGGCGCGUGGAAGGGUUUGGAGCAUGCUGGGAUGCUGCCGACGAUCGGACGGGCUGAUCUGUUUAAUGUAGUUCGUUGUAAGGGGGUAAGAAAAAAAGGGCGAGUUUAUUGGCAAGUAGUGCUGCAUUUCCCUUCCCCCGUUCGGAUCAGACUGUCCUUCCCUGUCGACAGUUUGACAACCCUAUUCGCGCGAAGGUGGAGGGUGGAACAGUGGUGCAGGGGGCGCCAGCCACCCGGCGCAUCGCGCGAUGCCGUGGCUGAGAGCUGAAUGCUCUCGUAAAACAAGCAAAUUGAUUCUUAUUAUUAUUACCCGACCCGGCAAUUAAAAACAUUAUCCGGAGCUUGUAAAACAAACAAUCUCGUCGUCGUCGUGGUCGUCGUCGCCGCCACCGAUUCGAUCCGAGGGGAAUGAAACGGACCAGCGCGGAGCGCUAAUCCUGCGUAAUGUCUUGCUGCCUUCAAUUCGCGAAUGUCGUGGGCUAAACUGCAAAUGUGCGCUGAACGGCCAGUGAAAGGUCGCUGCGGUUGAGAGAUUUCCAGCGUGUCGACGUACUUAACGGGUUGGGGGGAAGCGUGGUUGUUGGUUGAUUUUUUUUUACACCGUUUCGACUAUAAUAAACGAGGUGCCUACACUGAAAGGGCGUGAUCGAAGGCGUUCUUUGUUAGUUUAAUGGGCGCCAAAUGGGCGCGCGGGAGAGAGACGUACACGAACGGGGGAUUGAAAAUUGAAGGGUUAGUAAUUAGCAUAUUCAUGUGUAUUUAAAAUACAUUUAUGAAAGCAAUCGAUAAUUAAUGGAUAUGGAGGGGGUGGGAGGGGGAUCUAUAAAUGUACUUGCAAAUAGGAAUGGAUGGUUUUGAUGUAGUUAAUUCCAAUGUAUGGCUUCAAACUGAAUGGGUGAUAAAUAUAAGUUAUCGAUUGAAAUUGAUUAUUAAAAUGCAUCACUUUGUAUCACUUUUACCAAUCACUUUGGUUGCAGUCCAGCAAUGCUAUACGAAUCCAAUAAGAAGCGAAAAUAGUGCAAUAAUUUAAUCUUUUCUUAUCGGAAAUCUUCAACUGCACACGAAUUGUAAGAAUACGGCGAUAAUCAACACGUAACUGUCGCCAAACUUUUCCUGGAUGUUACUUCAAGUGUGAAAAGAUAGAGUGUGUUUUAGGCCUAAAAAGUUAUCGUCCUUUCGCUCUGAAUGCUGAUAAAAUACUGGUUGGUUGUGUGCCUUUCCCAUCCAUACCAGGAUUGGGUUGAUUUAUUAAACAUUUACUUACGCUUCGUCGUAAAGCUGUAACAUUGUACAUUAUGUGCCUUCCGUACCCUCGCGUUUUUUUUUAUAUUUCUGCUCGAACCCUUCGUCCAAUUCCGAGCCAACAAGAUACUUGGAAGAUAAUUUGAUUUGUUUUCUUUUAUUUCCUCCCCCGACCGAAAGGGGGUUGGGGAAGGUUUUACGAUGUUCUCUUCCAGUCUACGCAGGUUUUACAAGAACACGCAGUUAGAACUAAAAAAACACAUAAAUGCAACAUCUUCUCUCUCUCUCUCUCUCACUGUCCCACGUGGGAUAGACGGUGGGAAUACGUAGCACAUGUUUAGGGUUAUUGACUUUCUACCCAUGUUUCUGAAAAACGACCACUUUAUUAGCGGAACACAGUGAACAGGAAUAAAAUUACUCUUUCCCAGUCCAGUAGCACCGCGCCGUGCCUUUUUCCCGUAUCUUGCGACCGUUUAAUGGAAUGGAAAAGCGCAUACUAUAUUUACUGGCGUUGCCAUGGCAGAUCGAUUUGCUUCGACUCGAUGCGCGAUACCGAAUGGGUUCGAUUAAUAAACCACCAGCACAACCACCGCCCGUGUGUGCGGGCACCUUGGCGCUUCCAGCGGUUGCCCCGGUGACGGAAAAACAGACUGGACAAACCGCGGAAGGUGCGCGGUUUAGUUUGUUUACUCGCUGUGCGGUGGUGGUUGUUGGCAGAGGCUUUCAAUUUUCCAAUUCCAGGUGAGGUGGAAAUCGUCCGCCGUUGUCUCAUUAAUCCUUGCACAGGAGGGGCAUGCAGAGUGGAGGAAAUUUGCAUGGCCACGAAUGUGAAUGUGUGUCGUUCGGGUCGUGUGGGCGGGUCGUGCGGGGACCCGCUGAGUGUCAGUGUCAGUGAGCUUGCAUGAUUAGCUUGUGCCCGCUAUUGUCUCGGUGGUGUGGCGGUGGCGCCUGUCAAGCCACCAGCAGCAGCAGUGAAAGCAGACGAACCAGUAUAUAACAUUCCAGCCCCAUCCUAUAGGAAAGAGUGUGACAGGAGGGUCUGCUCUACUUGCAUCUACCCCCCCGGGCAGGAGCCGGGAAGCCUCGAUAGGACAUCGAAUGCAACCGCGAUUUAGUUCACUCCUAGCACAUCACAGCGAUGAGUCCCAAGAAGAAAAUGUCGAAGAAAGAACGUGCACGGCUAGAGGCCGAACAGGCCGAACAUCACCGGAUGGAGCUGGAAAAGGAGCGCCAGCGCAAGGUGGAGGAAGAAAAGAUGCGUAAGGUGCGUGAGAAGGAGGAGGCCGAGCGCAAGCAGGUACAGGAGAUAGUGGCCAACAAGCUGCGCAAGGUGCAGCUGGAGGAAAGCUACACCUAUCUGGCCAGCAUUCGGGAGGAGGUGCGAAAAGUGUUGGCCGAUGCGAAGAAGGAACGAGAGUGGGAGCAGUAUAUGCGUUGCAACGGGUUACCCAACGCUUUCGAUCCGGCCGAUCUGCGGAAAUAUCUGCACAUCUGGUGCGAGAACAUCCGGGACACUAACGAGGCGGAGCGCAAUUGGUUGCUGCAGACGAACGAGCAGAGCAUCCUGACGCAGAACGUGAACGUUGCGAACCUGUCGAUGGAGAGUCUCAAGCUGCAACAGCCCCAGAUCGGCAACACCUAUGCGGCCAAAGCGGUGGAAGUGUUGGGCAUACUGGAGGAAAUCGAUGAGGCACUGCACGACUCGGACGUUCGUCCCUCCAUGGUGGAAGAUUUGAAUGAGUUAAAGAUGGAGUUUCGUAACGUUCUGGCCGAUUACAUCGACGAGUUUGCGUACAAGAUCUUGAGCAACAUCAAUCGAGACAUGGAGCUGAACGGGUUGCUGGAAGUGUCGCACAAGUUCGAAUCGCCAGUGUUCAAAACGCAUCUGUUUGGGCUGCGCGACAUGCCAACACCACAGCUCAAUCCCAAAGAGCGAGCCAAAGAGGACAGUAAACAUACGAGCAUUGAUUUUCCGAGUCUUGGUUUUCAUCUGACACUGCCGGCGGCUGUCAAGUGCCACAAGGCAGCGAUCCGGGGACUUUGGAUCAGCUACGAUCACUGUAGUGACUACUGCCCUAGCUACGAUAUGCCUUACAAGCAGGAGAACUUAGCCGAUUUACGCAUAAUAAGUCGCAUUGAGUGGAAGAAGCGUAAGGAAAUACUGAAAGCUGUCUACGAAGAGCCCAAAGAGAAGAAGACCGACUCGGACGAGGACGACCAGACACCGCAGGACAUUGAUGUGGACAAAAUCUACACGGAGCACGCUGACGAGCUGAUGAAGAAGGAACGCACGAAGAAGGGCGCCAAAACGCUAAAUUUGAGUGAAUAUGACGUGAACAUGCGUAGUCACCGGAUUGUGGCCGGUGUGUACGCCAUCGACUAUCUCGAGCAACCGAUGCAGGAUGUGAAGAUCGCAAAGAAGACACUGCUCCGAACAGUGCCUCAACCGGGUAAACUAAAGCGCAAAAAGUUCUACCAACCCUACCGACCACCGCCAACACCGCAACCGGGCGUUCGACGACUUCCGGAAGAAAUCGAGGCGGAAAUCAAACAGAUGGAGGAAAACCUAGACAAACUCGCGCUGGUCUCGGUGCAGCUGCCCGAGAAUGUGUUCUGGUUCGAGCCACCGAUCGUCUGCCGCUGGGAGCUGAAGGAAGAAACGCUCGAAUCGGAUCCAAACUUCGCCAAGUACCUGGAUCGACUGGAGAAGGCCCAGCAAGCAGCCAGGGAGCGCAACGAACGCUCCAACCUCGACCGGCGCACCAAGUACGUGGAAGACUUCAACAUCCUGGACGUACCGCAGCACAUCCCGCUCCGGGCGAUUGUGACCGACUUCGUCAUACCCAAGCUGCCGGACAGCUGCAGCAUCAAGAUCUCGGUGGCGGAAGACAAGCGGCGCGCGGCACAGCCGACCGCCGCCGCCGGCAGUGGUGGUGGGAAGCGAUCGUCCAAACAGAAGCGCCGUCUGCACAAGAUGCCGUCGAACGUUUCGCUCGGCAGCAUCGUGUAUGAGACGAAGAUACCGGACUUUCUGUACGCGACGCGCAACCCGCUGCGCAUACUGAAGGUGCUGGAUCGGCGCAACCGCCAGUGCUAUCCGUACGCGGGCACGUCGGACAGCGACGAUCUGGACGAUUACGACGAGUCGGACAACGAUGUGGUGCAGAACCGCAGCACGAAGCGGAAGGUGUACAUGUUUUCCAGCUUUAUGAAGGAUUUGGACGAGCUGCUGGAGUCGAAAUCGCCCAAGCUGCAGGCAAAGCUGGAGCAGGAGCUCGGUGCGGGUGGGCCGACGGGUGGACCGGGCAAGCAGUCGUUGCAGGUGGCUCGUUCCGAUGAACCGCGCACCGUCCGUGGGGAGAAGGGCGAGAAGGGCAAGAAGCCGGCCAAGAGCAAAUUCGACUCGGACGAUGAGGACGUCGAUUAUGGCAACAUUCUGGAGGUGGGCAACUACAGCAUGGUGGAGAACGACAAGCGCUACAUUGGCAAGUGGUCCACCCGGGACGUGCACGACGUGAAGUUCAACGAGGACAAGCUUACGAUCCAGUUCCGCGUGGGACGGCUCGGUUCGUUUGCAUUUGCCGCGAAUCGGUACAGCAACGUACCGUACCAGUCCUGGGAGCUGAAGCCAGACAUAAAGAACCCCGGUACGGUCACCUUCUCGCUCACCGCAUCGGUAGUUAGCACGGAGAUGACCAUCACGGAAGCCGGUUUCCGUGUCAACUCCCUGCAGGGCGGACCUACCCAAGCGUUGCAGGAAAUUCUCGGCCUCACCAUGUCACUGCGCAAGCUCAUCAAAACGCUCCGGCUGGCGGCAGUCGAUCUGUUCCCGGAGGAUGACGCGUUCAACUAUACCGAGGGAACGUGCGAGAAGAACCCGAUCAUGGAGUCGCACCUGUACGAUUGCAUUGGGUUGCUAGCGCUGACGCACAACUUCUCCUGGUCGCGCUGGAACCUGCUGUCCGGCUGUCGGAUGUGUGUGUUGCUGAUGCGCGAAAUCGUCGAACAUCGGCGACUGCCGAACCACUCGACGCUGCUCGUCACCCCGCUGAAGGCGUCCGUGAUCGAUACGGUAGAAGUGUCGCCGGUUUUCAAUCCGAAUCCAGUCGAGGGGAUGAAUCAUUAUGCCGAUCUUUAUCAUCUGGGGCGCGAUCAGUCGCAACCGUCCUCCAGGAUCAAGCAGGAGAAGAUGAGCCCGAUACUGCGCGAGAAUGUGACCCAGCUGCUCAAGUCCGUCCGACCACUCAGCUUCUCCUAGUGGUGCUGCAAUUUAUUUACUAUUAAGAGCAAUAAAGUUGGCUAUUUCGAUCUU